AUGUCGGCCCCGUCAAACUCCUCAUCACCCCUCAUCUCAACCAGGCGCCGCGCCUGCACCGCCUGUCAGCAGGCCAAGCGACGCUGCGACCAGCGGCUGCCUCGAUGCGGCCGGUGCACACAAAAGGGGCUCGACGACUGCAACUAUCCGUCCCUCGAAGCCGCUGUCGCCGCUGCGGACUUUAACUUCUUCACCGAUGUCCUCAGCGGCUCCGCGGCGACGCCCGACUCGCUACAUAACAUGAUGCCGGUGCCAGUCGUGCCGGAAGUGGAGAACCCGUGGCCCAUGUUCUACACGAACCCUGGCGCCACAGCAGCUGCUCCCACGCCUUCACCGUCAAUACUCCCUCCUCCUCCUCCGCCAAGCAGCGAGUUCAUCUCGCGGGACGCCGUCCUCUACUGCAGCGAGCAGUUCCGGAACUAUCCCCGCCGCUGGGUCGGCCACAACGGCGUGGCCCCUUUCAUUCACCCGGCCCUCUAUCUCCCCACAACCACCGGCGCCGAUGGCCUACCGCCCGUCCUGCAGGACUGCUUCUGCGCAUGCGCGGCGUACGCCGCCAAGAACGAGGAAAACGCCGCGUUGGUCAUGGGCGUCGUAGAAGCAAAAGCCACCUCACUCCUCUACGUCCCGGAUCAGGCGACAUGGACCCUUCCGCAACAAGUCGCCGCGCUGCAGGCGCUGGUCAUGUACCAGAUAAUGCGCUGGUUCGACGGCGACAUCCGCCAGCGCGUGCUGGCGGACUCGGUCGAGCCGGUGCUGGCGGCGUGGACGUCCGCCCUGCAGUCCCGCGUCGGGGUCGGCGUGUUCUCCGCGGAGGAGGCGAUGCCCUCCGUCGUCCUCCCGGAACCGCAGUCGUCAUCCUCCUCCUCGGCGGCGGCGUACCAACACGAGGGGCUGUCGCCGGAGCAGUCCCGCUCAAACACCCCCGGACGAGCCACCAUGGAGGAGCUCAAGGCGUCGUGGCGCCGCUGGCUCAUGGCGGAGUCCAUCCGUCGGGUGCUCGUCAUGGCACACCUCGUCCGCGCGGUAUACGCCACCGCAAAGCACGGGGGCAGCGCGUACGGCAAGCUGGGCGGGAGUGGCGGUACAGGGAGCGGCGGCGGCGGCGGCGGCGGCGGCAACCACCCUCUCACGCUCGCGGACAUGGGUUUCACGGCGCAGGCGAGGUUAUGGGCCGCCACGACGGUGGAGCGGUGGAAUCGGUCGCGGGAGGGCGACACGCCGUGGUGGGUUGGGCGGAUGGACUUCUCCGGCCUCCUCGCGCUCUCGGACCCCAGGGAGGUGGACGAGUUCACGGUCCUGCUCGCCGUGGUGUUCCGGGGGAAGGAUGCCAUCGAGGACUGGAUGAAUCACGGGCCGGGCGGGAUGUGA